AUUACUGUUGUUUGCCUUCAGAGACCACCAUUUAUGCCUCCUCCCAUGGGCAGCAUGCCACCGCCUCCCGGAAUGAUGUUCCCUCCGGGAAUGCCGCCUGUCACUGCCCCUGGGACACCAGCGAUGCCCCCAGCUGAGGAGAUCUGGGUGGAGAACAAAACUCCGGAUGGCAAGGUCUAUUUCUACAACGCACGGACGCGUGAGUCAGCGUGGACUAAGCCAGAUGGGGUGAAAGUCAUCCAGCAGUCGGAGCUGACGCCGAUGCUGGCAGCCCAGGCCCAGGUCGGUGCCUCCACACCAACAACCAGCAGUGCCGCGUCGCCGUCAACCUCCUCCAGCACUCAGUCCUCCACAACCUCUACCACAACCACGGCCACGUCGGUCUCGCAGACGAAUUCCACACCUACUACACAAGACCAGACCCCAAGUUCGGGUGUUUCAGUUGCCACACCAUCAGUCAGUGUUUCAACCUCUGCUCCUUCUGCUACACCUGUGCAGACUGUACCCCAGCCAGUCCCACAGACAUUGCCUCCUGCAGUUCCUCAUGCAGUACCUCAACCAACUGCAGCAAUUCCUGCUUUUCCACCAGUAAUGGUACCUCCAUUUCGUGUCCCCCUUCCUGGCAUGCCUAUUCCACUUCCAGGUGUAGCAAUGAUGCAAAUAGUCAGCUGCCCGUAUGUAAAGACAGUCGCUACCACCAAGACCGGUGUCUUGCCAGGAAUGGCACCUCCCAUCGUCCCUAUGAUCCAUCCUCAGGUCGCCAUUGCUGCUUCACCUGCCACACUGGCUGGAGCGACAGCAGUGUCUGAGUGGACAGAGUACAAAACAGCAGAUGGAAAGACGUACUACUACAACAACAGGACUUUGGAAUCAACGUGGGAAAAACCCCAAGAACUGAAAGAAAAAGGUACUGUUUUUUUAAAUAUAACUAUGUGGGAGAGGCAAAACUGCUUCGACUACUGAUGGCUGUGUUUGAAA